AGUCAUGCAGGGUGUUGGUUAGUGUGUAGUGUGAGUGUGGUGGUGAGAGUCAUGUCUGUCUGUCUGCUGCCUCUCCUCUGUGUCCUGGUGGUCUGGUCGGCCGCCUUCCCGGAGGCCACCAUGGACCACACGGAGGAGUUGGACCUGACAGCUACCGUCAUUAUUAACCAGAUUGCUAUACACCAGCUGCAGGAGGAGCAGCGAGGCGUCCAGGAAGGUGUGAAGGAGAGGGAGAACGCCACCCGCCGCCUCCUGGACACUCUGGACCAGCUGGAGUGGGUCAACAAGGCUCACCAAGCUGACAACCUCAAGCUGAAGGAGGAAAACACUCGCCUAAAUACAGCGAAUCAUUUGCUCGAGGAGGACAACAGGAAGACUAAGAACGAAGUGCAGCUUGCUCAGGAGGAGAUUGUUCUAUUAAAGUCCCAGAUCCGUCAAGUGCAGGAGGUCUCCAGGUUAAUCAAGCAGGAUACCAUGAAGACUAAGAACGAACUGCGCCUUGCUCAGGAGGAAAAUAUUCAAUUAAAGUCCCAGAUCCGUCAAGUGGAAGAGGACUCGAAGCUGGUCAAGGAGGAGAUCAUUCUGGUCGAGGAGGAAAAGAGGAAGACUAAGAAUGAUGUUCGUUUAUCACAAGAAGAGAAUCGCCUCGUGAGGGCCGAGCUACGCCAAGUGGAGGAGGACGCGAGGCUGGUUAAGGAGGAAAACAGGAAGACUAAGAAUGAUGUUCGUUUAUCACAAGAGGAGAAUCGCCUCGUGAGGGCCGAGCUACGUCAAGUGGAGGAGGACGCGAGGCUGGCUAAGGAGAGGAACCGAGAAUUGGAGUUAGCGGAAACCCAAGCCCAAGAUAGGAACAAUGCGGCUUCGACCAGGAUAGCUGAGCUAGAGAGAGAGAUCAAACUGCUACAAGAGACGAAUAAUAAGACAGAGGGAGAGAAGAGACAUGUUGAGGACCAACUCUCACUCUUGAAAAAGGAAAAGAGAGAUGUUGAGGACCAACUCUCACUCUUGGAGGAGGAGAAGAGAGAUGUUGAGGACCAACUCUCACUUUUGGAGAAGGAGAACAGAGAUGCUUAUAGUCAACUCUUACUCUCCGAAGAUCAGGUCAGGGUCCUACAAACAGCAAUUGCAGUUCUACAGGAAGACAAAGAAGGACAAGCACAGAAAAUCAACAGUAUGGAAAGUGAGAAAAACAGAACUGAAGACAAGAGUCGCUUGAUGGAAGAGGAGAACCAGGAGUGCAAGAAGAAUGUUACUGAACUUUCCGCCAGGUUACUGUCAGCGAGGGACUGUGCGGAGCUGUACUGUAAGGGAGCUCGGCAGGAUGGCGUCUAUCUCAUCAUUCCCGGCAGGGAGGGACGGCUGGUGUCUGCCUGGUGUGACAUGACUACUGACGGAGGAGGAUGGACGGUGUUACUCCGGAGAGACAAUAAAGUUCAACAAAGAACAUACAAUACAUGGACAAAGAACGUUUUAAAGCAACAAAGAACAUACACCACAUGGACAAAGAAUGUUCUGCAGCAACAAAGAAUAUACAACACAUGGACAAAGAAUGUUCUGCAGCAACAAAGAACAUACAAUGCAUGGACAAAGAAUGUUCUGCAGCAACAAAGAACAUACAACACAUGGACAAAGAAUGUUCUGCAGCAACAGAGAACAUACAAUACAUGGACAACGAAUGUUCUGCAGCAACAGAGAACAUACAAUACAUGGACAAAGAAUGUUCUGCAGCAACAGAGAACAUACAAUACAUGGACAACGAAUGUUCUGCAGCAACAGAGAACAUACAAUACAUGGACAAGGAAGCUGUGGCAUCAGUUGUGGUAUAACAGACCAUUGAGGUCUAUGGGAGUAGUGGAAUAG